AUGAGCGAAAACCCCUGGCCCACAUCCGGCCGCCUCGGGUCGCCAAGCCUACAUGACUCGAUGGACGACUUUGAAAACUCCUUGGAUAGAGCGAUCAAAUCAGCCACCAACAAUUUCUUUGAUUACAAGCCCCAAUCUCGAGAAGGAUCACAAGGGUCUAUAGCGAUUCCCAUGUCAACACUCAACCCACAAGGGUCAGCGGAACACGAUGAUGAUAACGAUUCGCUUCCUCUUAUGACGGGCCACGAUAGCACGAUGCUGCUUCCGUCCUCACCUACAGUUGCCUCGCAUAGUAGAGGGGGAUUGAUGCGUCGAGCUCUAGGGCUCUUCAGAACUAUCAAGGAGGAGGUGUCGAGAGAGAUCACAGACAGAUCUCUAGUGAACAACCCCGAUCCUGAGUCCGACCUAGGCUCAGAGCGCUACGUUUCUCCCCGGAACUCCUCGAAGAAGUUCCCCUCAAACGCCAUUUCCAACGCUAAAUAUAAUCCCAUUACAUUCAUCCCACUUAUUCUAUACGAACAGUUCAAGUUCUUCUUCAACUUGUACUUCUUGCUUGUUGCAUUAUCUCAAAUUAUUCCUCAACUACGAAUCGGCUAUUUGUCGUCGUACAUUGUCCCACUUGCAUUUGUCCUUACCGUCACCAUGAUGAAAGAGGCUGGAGACGAUAUAGCAAGGCGUAAAAGGGACUCAGAGCAGAAUAACGAGCGCUACGAGGUACUCAAUCGUCAGUCUCCAAUUACACAGGAUGUCUCGAUGGUCCAGUCGAAGAAUUUGAAGGUUGGCGACUUGGUGAGACUUCAUAAGGAUCGCAGGAUUCCCGCCGACAUGAUUUUGCUCCAGUCUUCUGAUGCAAACGGUGAAGCUUUCAUAAAGACCGAUCAGUUGGACGGCGAGACUGACUGGAAGCUCAGGGUGGCAUGCAACUUGACCGACUCCGUUGACGAUAUCAACACCCUCAUUAAUCAUGUUUCGCUUAUCGUUGACAAACCAACCAAGUCUAUUCACCACUUCAACGGGAAGCUUAUUUAUCAUCAGGGCUCGUCCAACAACAAGUCUGUCCCUCUCACGAUUGACCAAACGUUGUGGGCCAACACUGUCCUUGCAUCUGGCACCGCCAUAGGUAUCGUUAUUUACACUGGAGUUGAAACUCGUCAGCUGAUGAACACUACUAUGUCAGGUGUCAAGACCGGGCUUUUAGAGUUGGAGAUCAACAGUCUUUCUAAAAUACUAUGUGUCACGGUGUUUCUUUUAUCUGUCAUACUUGUCAUGGCACAUGGCUUUCCAUUGAAAAAGACAUGGUACAUCGAUAUUCUUCGCUUUUUGAUCUUAUUCUCAACCAUCAUACCGGUUUCGCUUCGUGUCAACCUUGACUUAGCCAAAUCAGUUUACGCUUCACAUAUUCAGAAAGAUCAGGAAAUCCCUAACACCAUCGUUCGUACAUCCACAAUCCCGGAGGAUUUGGGCCGCAUAGAAUACUUAUUAAGUGACAAAACCGGAACUUUGACGCAAAAUGAUAUGGAAAUGAAGAAGCUUCACCUUGGUUCAAUUUGCUACGCUGGUGAUACUUUUGAUAUUGUCGCAGACUAUAUAAGCAAAUUGCUCUUCCAGGAGGAUUCUGGUAGCUUUGCUGCUAAAAGGAAGGAUAUGACGACUAAAGUUUGUGAUCUUGCAUUGGUUCUAGCCUUAUGUCACAAUGUCACUCCUACUGAGGAAGAUGGCCAGCUCUCUUAUCAGGCUGCGUCUCCGGAUGAGAUUGCAAUUGUGAGAUUUUGUGAGCAAGUUGGACUCCGCUUGUUUAAGCGUGACAGAAGCAACAUCUCCUUGCUUCAUCUUGCAACCGGCAAAGAAUUGAAGUUCGAGAUUUUGUAUAAUUUUCCCUUCAAUUCUGAUACUAAGAGAAUGGGUAUCAUUGUUAAAGACAUUGAGCGUGAUGAAAUCACAUUCAUGGAAAAGGGAGCUGACACUGUAAUGGCGAACAUUGUCAUGACUACUGAUUGGCUCGAUGAGGAGAUCUCUAACAUGGCUCGUGAUGGCUUGCGUACCCUUGUGAUUGGCCGCAAGAGAUUAAAUGCGGGAUUGUUUCAACUUUUUAGUAAGGAUUACGAAGAGGCUUCUCUUUCAAUGACGUCGAGAGAUGCUCAAAUGCAGCGUGUCGUCAGCAAGUAUCUCGAGACAGACGUCGAAUUGCUUGGAAUAACCGGUGUUGAGGAUAAACUUCAAAAGGAUGUAAAGACCUCUAUAGAGCUUUUGAGAAAUGCCGGAAUCAAAAUAUGGAUGUUGACAGGAGAUAAGGUGGAAACAGCGAAGUGCGUGGCUAUUAGUGCCAAGCUUAUCGCCAGGGGUCAGUAUGUGCAUCAAAUCACAAAGGUACAUAUUGCAGAGACAGCCAUGAGCCUGCUCGAUUACCUCAUUAACAACUUCAACUCCUGUCUUUUGAUUGACGGAGAGUCAAUUGCAUUCUACAUGAAACAUUUCCGUCGGGAGUUUAUGGAGAUUGUCUUACGUCUUCCGGCAGUAAUUGCAUGCCGCUGUACCCCUCAGCAGAAGGCCGAUAUCGCCAUGGCUAUCAAGGAAUUUACCGGAAGGAGAGUGUGUUGCAUCGGCGACGGUGGGAAUGAUGUGAGUAUGAUCCAAUGUGCAGAUGUGGGAGUGGGAAUCGUCGGGAAGGAGGGAAAGCAGGCUUCGCUUUCAGCAGAUUUCAGCAUUGAUCAAUUUCAUUUCUUACUGAAGCUUCUUCUCUGGCAUGGACGUAACUCCUACAAAAGAUCGGCUAAACUCGGGCAGUUUAUCAUCCAUAGAGGCCUCAUUAUUUCAGUUGCGCAAGCUAUCUAUUCUAUCUCCUCCAAAUUCGAGCCCCUUGCAUUGUAUCAAGGGUGGCUUAUGGUUGGCUACAGUACGCUAUACACCAUGGCUCCUGUAUUCUCCCUCACCCUCGAUAGAGAUAUUGAUGAGAGACUAACAAAGAUGUACCCCGAGUUGUACAAGGAACUCACAUUGGGGAAAUCUUUAUCGUACAAAACCUUCUUCAUGUGGGUUGUUAUCUCAUUGUAUCAGGGGAGUGUAAUACAGGUUUUAUCGCAAAUGUUCCAGUCACUCGAUACCGAGAAAUUCCUUGCUAUGGUAACCCUCUCGUUUGGUGCAUUGAUCCUUAACGAGCUCAUGAUGGUCGGCAUGACCAUCAACACGUGGAACAAGACCAUGGUAACGACCAUUGUUGUGACCUUGUUGAUCUACAUUGGUCUGAUUCCGUUCCUCACCGAAUACCUUGAUCUUGAUUACAUCACAGAUUUCUCGUAUUACUGGCAAACAGCCCUCGUGUUGGCCGUUAGUUUAUUCCCUGUGUGGCUCACGCAAACGGUUAACCGUAAGCUCAGACCACCCACGUACGCGAAGGUGCAGCAGGACUAA